GAUUGGAUGAAAACUUUAUCGAUUUAUUAUUGGAUGAAACUUUAUCGAAACUUUUAAACAUCGAAGUAUCACAUUAUGAAAUCUUAAUGUAUAAUUUAAGCAGUUGCGCUCCUGCACAACUUUACAAAGAUAAUAAUUCUUGGCAACAAUAAAAUACGUUUUCAUGUCAUUAAUGUUUCACUAAAAUAUCCGCCGCAUAAUUAGAAAUUCACGCUGACCAGCCACGCGAUAUUAGCGUGGGAGGGAAAUGUACUAAAUCAAAAACAUUUUUAUGCGCUUACUUGCAUUUUAAUUUCGUAAAAUGAAAUCUUCUUGGAAAUGCAACAAACUGACGCACAUAUCAUUUAUUACUGAUUGUAUAUCGCAUAAUCGAUUACAUUAACAGAUGCCAACAGCUGACGCAUUUUUAAUUGCGGAAAGAAAUUUGCAUCGUGCGAUACCGAAAUGGAGAGAAAUGUCGUUUAGCGUGAAGGCUGAAAUUGUUCAGAACCGAUCAUGGAAACAUGCGACAAAAUGAUUACAUUCAUUUUUGACACAUCACUCAAAUCCGAGCUUAAUGGGCUUCAAUCAAAAAAUACUCACGGUAAAACAAAACAAAAAUGAUAAGAAAGGUCACAUAAUCUCUCAUUUCAAAAAACAGUUAAUGCCUGUCAAGACCAUUAACUGAAAUCAGCCAUAACAAAAGCGCAUGUGUUUUUACCGGUAGAAUGAACAAUGGAAAUAAAUCAACAAUAAAAAAAUGCACCAUAUUUCUUAAAAUGCAACUUGUUGUUUUUCCUCGUUUUUAAUAUUUUCGGAAUGAAUAAAGAGAAAGUCACGCUUGCUGCUUAAUCAAAUACGAGAUCUUUCCAUUCAUCGUCCCGUACUGAGAAUGAAAAGAUCGGCUCUUCUGCUCUGCCUUUUGGUAGCAAUCGCCGACUGCUUCUGGAAGGAGGCUAAAAACCUGGUCCCUGACGUCGUAAAGGGGGUUGGAGACGCUUUUAAAGAGGCCAAGGACAAGGUGACCGACGGUGCAAAGGAGGUGGGCGAUACUUUGAACCCUCUGGAACUGUUGUAUGUCAAUAAAUGUGUCGAAGACCUGGGAUGUUUUUAUACUGGACCUCCGUUCCAUCAUAUUGUGAACCGCCCCAUCAGUUUACCGCCCACCAGCAAUCCCAAAGUGAGAUUUCAUUUAUUUACACCUUCGAAUCCAGACGAGCCAUAUGAACAGGAGGUCAACCUAGAAUCUCUGAAAAAUUCCACAUUUGAUCCCAGACUUGAGACCAAGUUCUUGAUCCAUGGAUUUCUGUCAGACCUCGACUUUGAUGAUGUUAGAUUCGAAAUAAAAGAUGCGUUUUUACGGAUUGGCCGUUUCAACGUAUUUAUAGUGGACUGGACAGAACACAACGGUUUUCCAUACGCUCAGGCUGUUGCCAACACAAGAGUUGUUGGUGCAUUGGUGGCAAAGCUGAUACAUUUACUCACGAAUGAAACCGGAAUCACUCCUCAGAGCGUCCACAUCAUUGGCCAUAGCUUGGGUGCUCACACUGCAGGAUAUACUGGUGCCGAGAUACCAAAUUUAGGAAGAAUAACCGGUUUAGAUCCAGCCGGUCCAUAUUUCCAAGAUGCUGAACCUGAAGUUCGACUUGACAAAACAGACGCUCUUUUAGUAGAUGUCAUACAUACGGACGGGGCAGAAAACCUUUUGGGAGGGUUGGGAAUCAGUGAUCCAAUUGGGCAUAUGGAUUUUUACCCUAAUGGAGGACGACGCCAGUUGGGAUGUGUGUAUUCGUCGAAACAAGAUAAUGCUGUGGGAGCAGCAAUAAACUAAUCAAAUAAACUCAUCAACAAUAACCAGUUUGGAUUCCGUGAAGGAAAAUCCAUAGAUGCUGCUCUUAAAAAGCUUGUAGAAAAAAUUUAUGAUGGAAAAAGGGAAAAAGACAAUAUUCUGGUUCUUUCAGUGGACAUCAAAGGGGCAUUUGAUAAUAUCCAACACCAUUCAAUAGUUAAAUAUCUAGAUAAACUCCAAUGUCCCCAAAAUUUAAGAAACAUCUUUGAAAACUUGCUACAUGCCAGAAAAAUAAUCCUCAACACACAAGAAGGCUGGGCCAUAAGAGAACAGAAGCAAGGCUGCCCCCAAGGAUCGUGCAGUGGUCCAGCUCUGUGGAACUUGGUGGCGAACGAUCUGCUUAAUAAAAUCUGGCCUGCCCAUACAACUAUCCAAGCAUUCGCCGAUGAUUUUGUUCUGGUCAUUAAAGCCAAAACAAAAGAAAAUCUAAGACAAAAUACCCAAGAAUCAAUAGCACAAUUUAUAUCCUGGGCUGACAUAAACAAUCUAGAAGUGUCCACGGGGAAAUCCAACUUUAUUCUGUUUAGUAAAUGGGUAGCAGGACCCAGAAUCUAUUGGCAGGGAGAAAGAAUAAAGCAGACGCAUGCCAUUAAAUACCUAGGUGUCCAUAUUGAUGAUAAAUUGAAUUGGAAUACCCACCUCAAGCAUUUAGCAUUGAAAGCGCAACAACAACAAUUCAAUUUUCUCAAAAUAGCUGGCAAAUCUUGGGGGAUAACACUUCGACACAGAAAAAUUUUGUACAGGACAGUCAUUGAAAGGAUGCUUGCACACGGAGCUGGAGUUUGGUGCCUUCACCCAACGGUUAGAUUAGCAAGAAAGCUCUCUUCCAUCCAAAGAAGCUUUCUGUUAGCAAUUACGGGAGCAUACAAGACCACGCCUACUGCAGCACUUCAGGUUAUCCUUGGCUUGCCACCACUACAUCUGAAGCUUCAAAUGAUGGCAAGAAUGACUGAACUGUACAGACUCCGUGGAAUCGUACAUGAUAUGCCACAUAUCAGCCCACAAGAGUAUGAAUACAGAGCUACGGGCUGGACGUCACAUCCUUCCAAACAUCUCCAAGCACAUCAGAUUUCGUUGGAAGACGGUGGGUCUCAGAAUGUAGUACUCGGGAUCUAUACAGAUGGAUCAAAAUCCUCAGCAGGAGUUGGGGCUGCAUUUUGUGUCAUGCAGGAUGCAGUGACUAUACACCAAUGGUCAACCAGCCUAUUGAAAGAAAACACGGUCUUCCAAGCUGAAUUACUAGCACUCAACAGAGCAGUCAAAUACGCAACCUCUCUUCCUACAUCAGAUCCAGUUACUAUUUACGUCGACAAUAAAGCAAGUAUACAAGCCUCAAGUUCUCCAAAAUCCAAUAGCCAAUUAGCAAGAGAUACAUUUACCCUUCUUCUUGCAAACCCUGACAUUAAAAUCUCAUGGAUCAAGGCACAUGUAGGCUAUGAAGGGAAUGAAGCGGCUGACAAACUAGCCAAAACAGCGGCUAAUGCUAAUCAAGAUCGGAAUAUAAUGAAGCUCCCAAGAUGUCACCUGAAGAACAUCCUCCAAACCGAUAUGAUGACAAUAUGGCAAAAGGAAUGGGAAGAAGGCGAAACAGGCCGCUCCACAUUCAACAUAAUACCGAAAGUUUCUCUAUACGCUGCCAACUGGAACAGAACGGAUGUCCUUUUCUUCACUGGACACGGUCCAUUCCCGACAUACCUACACAGAUUCCAUCUGGCCAACUCUCCUUACUGUAGCUGUGGGGAGAUAGGAUCUCCAAUUCACUAUGCCACCGAAUGCCUACUGACUCUGUCAUGGCACAUGAGAAAGCCAGAAACAAGUCUCGAAGAAGAAUGGUACAGGAGAGUUGCAUCGAAUACCCUUUCACGUGGCAAGAUCCACUCCAUAGUAAACCAUAUUCACAAAUACCAAGACCUAUUCAAGACUACACAUUAGCUGAGACCAAAAUGCCACAUGUCAAAAUCAGCCGAAAUUAUAACUUCAAAAGUCCCUCAAAAGUGCAGUUUUCGAGAAGGAAAUCAAAACCACAGGAUUCAGACGGACGCCACAGAUUUCUGACUCUUUAGUGAUUACUUAUAUGCUAAUAUAUGUCAUACAGAUAUUCUCAAUGUAAAUUAUCAAUUUUUCAGUUAGUAAUCUCAUUUCCCUGUAAGUUCAACUCAAAGUCACCAUUUGUUUAAGUAUUCUUUUCCCCUCUAUCUAGUUAUUACAUCACCAAAAAAUUGAAUAUAGUCAUGUAGGAUUUGACACCAAUGUGAUUCUCUCUGGAGAACCCUGGAUGGUCUGUCGUCUCUUUCUUUUUAUCUUCUUUCUUUCUUUUUUUUUCCCCCCCCCCCCUUCCAUCUUGUGCUCAUCCAACAGGUUAGAUAACUUAGUGUUAUAGGCACCGGGGGCACAGGAUGGCGUUAUGUUAUGUCUUGUAAAGUAUUUUUUUAUUGUGCUCUUAAAAAUUAUUCAGUUGCUAUUGACAGAUGCUAUGAUUCAUGCUAUUGAAAGAGUUUUAGAUGAAUGGUUAAUUAAAUGUUUUUUUUCAAACAUCAAUGC